AUGUUUGAUGACAUGUUCCCUUCUCCAUCUCUGCAGUCUCAGCAUCAGCUGCUUCAUCUCCAUCCUCAUCUUCUGCCCGUGCCCCCACCAGACCGCAAUCCCAUGAUGCCUUGCAGCACACUUGUGCGCCGCGUGAAGAAGGCCUUCAUGGCCAGUGUGGCAUCUGGCCAGCAGGAGGUGCUGCCCCCCAUUUUCACCAACCAAGCAACUGGCGUUGGUCAGAAGGAGGCAGAGAAGAUCAAGGCCAGCAGGACCCCGUUGGAGCGGCAAACUCUGCCCUUGCUCAGGACCCCGCCGUUUCCCACCGCCCCCGCUGUCCCCACUCCCCCACAGACAAUCAAUUGCGGACAGUUCCGCAGUAGACUGCCCCGCCUCAAGAAGACAGCAUCACUCAGUAUAGCUGCUGCUGUGGAAGGGAGCAAGGGAGCUGAAGGAGGUGAAGAUGAAAGUGAGAGGGAAGAGGCAGGCGAGGCAGAGCCAAAGGCCAAGGAGCUCCCAGAGCUGGCCAAACUACCCCCCCUGCCCUGCCCAGAGCAGGCCCUCCUGCAGGCCUUCAGGUUGCUCAGCGUCGAUGACUGGGAGAAGAAGAUCGAGGGCCUGACCUCCAUCAGGUCUCUGUCUCAGCACCAUGCUGAGCUGCUGCUGCCCAGACUGCAUGACCUGUGUCUGGCUGUCACUGAAGAGGUAAAGAACCUGCGCUCCAUGGUGUCCCGCACUGCCAUAGUGACCCUGGCCCACCUGUACGCUCAUCUGGGGCGGGGCAUGGAUGCGGAGGUAGAGGGCACCACCCGGGCGCUGCUGCAGAAGGCAGGAGAGGCCAGCGGCUUCAUCAGGGAUGAUGUGGAGCUGGCGCUGGGGUACAUGGUGGUCAAUGUAACACCCUCACGCAGCAUGAACGCUCUCAUCAACACAGGAGUCAGGCACCGUAAUACAGCCGCGAGGAAGAGCACUGCUCAGCACCUGGGGAGACUGGCAGAGGUCAUGGGGUCGUCCCAUCUCCUGUCUGGCAAAAACAAACUAACUGAACGCUUCAUCCAUGCCAUCAGCUGCCUGGCCGUUGAUUGUGCACUGGAAGUCAGGACCCAUGCCCAUAAUACUCUGGCCUUUCUGGCCUCCCACCCCAACCUCAUCAAGAUGGUGGAGAGGUUUGUCCCACAGAGAGACCACAUCACCAUCAAGGACAUUAUUAACAAAGGCCAGUGCAGAAAUUUGAAUUGAAGUGAAUCCAAACCCACAUCUCUGUAGACACAACAUAUUCAUUCAACACUGGCAGCAGUUAUAGCAUUGCUCUUUCAGAGGGCAUGAGCCAGCAACAGGCAGAUAGAGAGGUUCAGCCGCGCCACGUUGGUCCCCGGGUGUUGAACUGGAACUGUUGAAGAGGGCAAAGGUCAACACGGCUAGGGUCAGGAAGACAAGGCCAACCAGCACGAAUAAUGCGCUCAGCUUCUCUACGGGAUCGCUCUGAAAACAAAUCACAAACACUCCCACUCUUUCACCCUGACCUCACUGGUGACACAACGGUUGAUCGGCAUUGCUUAUAAAUUAUCUUUUUAUUGCAAUAAAUAUAACAUGAAUCCCAAUGUUUACUUAUAAAUUGUCAUUUGUCAAACAACAAAAAUGACAACAAUAUGUUAAAAAUCUGUUAAAUAAUAAAAUAAGUAAAAUAAUAGUAAAGUAAAAUAAGAGCCAAGCACCCACAUUCCAGUACACACAGACAGGCUCAUCCUUUAGGCCUGAAACCUAGCACCAUAGCAGUUCAAAGUGAUCUUCCUUUCUCUCAAGACAGCUAAUGUCCUUAAAAUGAUAAGAUAUCUAAUAAAAAGAUAUUAGUUGAUGUAAUUUCAUCUCGGUUGAUAAAUCUUCACCCUGGGACCUUACUCUCUAUGCAGAAGCGCCCCCUAGUGGUCUCAUCAGUGACUCCGAGCUGAUAACAUAAUUAUUCGGUGUAUGUAGCAA